AUGUCGAACCCUGCCCACCCACCAGGUCUCUCGUCAGAAUGGCAAUUACCUCCUCUACCUUUUUUAUCAUACUCCCUCACGAAUAACAGCUCCGCUACUCUCUUUACACCUCCGCGAUGGAACACCGGCACCGACGGUUCCGAUGAUAUAGAGUCCGAAGUGUCCCCACUACGAAACCAAAGUCCUGAACAAGAAAUCAUACACCUAGCGCGAACGCUCACUAACACCUCCGUAGCCUCUGCCCAAACUCAAAGUAAACGAGUCGAACCUUCGCCGUUAUCGCGAACACUCUCUUCGUCAUCAUCUAUCACUGAGGGCGGACCUAAUCCUUUCCUUCCCAUUUCCAUGGAUUCCUCCCUCAACCCGCACUCCGACAAAUUUGACUAUCACCGUUGGAUACGUCAGCUUCUCGCUAUACAAUCUCGCGAUCCAGAACGUUACCCUACACGUACAGCCGGUCUCAGUUUCUCCAAUUUAAACGUGCAUGGAUACGGCAAACCGACUGAUUUUCAAAAGACGGUCGGAAACGUUGUGUUAGGAUUGCCCAAUAUGAUUAGGGAUCUGGUUGGUGGGGAAGCUCGUGCGCAGAGGAUCGAUAUCUUGAAGGAUUUUAAGGGGGUUGUGAAGGAGGGGGAAAUGUUAGUGGUCCUUGGACCUCCCGGAAGUGGAUGUAGCACCCUCCUCAAAACUAUCGCGGGUGAGACACAUGGGUUCGAGGUUGACAAGUUUGCAAAGAUCAAUUAUCAGGGUAUACCAUGGGAAACCAUGCACAAAGAUUUUCGCGGCGAGGUCGUUUAUAACGCUGAAACCGACGUCCAUUUCCCCAACCUCACCGUCGGUCAGACCCUUUCUUUCGCUGCUAAAGCCCGGACACCCCCAGCUCAAACUCGUCUCCCUGGUGUCUCUCGCUCUCAUUAUGCGGAACACAUGAAGGACGUCGUUUUAUCUGUAUUUGGGUUACAGCAUACUGAGAACACUAAAGUUGGGAAUGACUUUGUACGGGGAGUUAGUGGAGGUGAGAGGAAGAGAGUUAGUAUCGCGGAAGUCGCGGUGAGCGGUACUGCGGUUCAAUGUUGGGAUAAUUCUACAAGGGGCUUGGAUGCGGCGACGGCGUUGGAAUUUGUGAAGACGUUAAGGACGUCUACAAGGUAUACGGGUGCUACAGCGAUUGUGGCGAUUUAUCAAGCUAGUCAGGAUAUUUAUGACGUUUUUGACAAAGUAACUGUGCUGUAUGAAGGCCGUCAGAUCUACUUUGGAUACGCAGAUACGGCUAAGAAAUUUUUCAUCGAUUUGGGAUUUCGUUGUCCUGAGAGGCAGACGACAGCUGAUUUCUUGACCUCUCUGACGAACCCGGCUGAACGCCAAGCUCGACCCGGAUUCGAGAUGAAAGUUCCCCGGACGCCCGACGAGUUUGUCAGGGCCUGGAAAGAAAGUGAAGAUCACAAAGCUUUGUGUCAGGAAAUCGACGAAUUCAAUUGGAAGUAUCCUGUGGGUGGAGAGGGACUGAGGAAGUUUAGGGAGAGUAGAAUGAAGUUCCAAGCCGAGGGAACCUCACCUGGAUCCCCAUACACCCUCUCAACCAACAUGCAAAUCCGCUUGUGUCUAUCUCGUGGUUUCCAGAGACUCAGAGGCGAUAUGAGCAUAAUGCUCAGCACCGUCAUCGGGAACUUCGUUGUAGGCCUUAUCGUCUCCAGCAUCUUCUACAACCUUUCGUCGAAUACAGACAGCUUCUACAGCCGCUCUGCUCUCCUCUUUUACGCCGUCCUCAUCAGCGCAUUCCAAAGUGCUCUCGAAAUCCUCACUCUCUACGAACAACGGCCCAUAGUAGAAAAACACGCCCGGAUGGCUCUAUAUCACCCCUUUUGCGAGGCGAUCUCCUCAAUGAUAUGUGAUCUACCCAGCAAAAUCCUCACAUCUCUCUCAUUCACCCUCGUCAUUUACUUCAUGACAAACCUCAACCGUACACCCGCUGCGUACUUUACGUUCCUUCUCUUCACAUUUACAUGUUCUCUGGCGAUGUCGAUGAUGUUCCGAACGAUUGGUGCUUCUUCCCGGACGAUACCUCAGGCCAUCGCUCCCUCCACUAUCGUCAUGCUCGGGUUAUGCAUUUACACGGGGUUCACUAUUCCCAUAAGAGACAUGAAGGUCUGGUUCCGGUGGGUCAACUAUGUGAACCCCAUUGCGUACGCGUUUGAGAGUUUGAUGGUGAAUGAAUUUGAUGGGAGAGAGUUUCCUUGUUCGUUAUUUCUUCCCUCGGGGCCCGGGUAUGAUGGAGUUGUAACUGGGAACCAGAGGAUAUGUGCUGUCUCAGGUGCGGUUAUCGGGAGUGGGUAUGUUAAAGGGACGGAUUAUCUGAGAGAGUCAUUUGCGUAUACUGGGAGCCAUAUGUGGAGAAACCUUGGGAUCAUGUUUGCAUUCAUUAUAUUCUUCAUGUUCAUCCACCUUGCUGCGACCGAGUUCAUCAGCGCUACCAAGUCCCGUGGAGAAGUUCUUGUCUUUCGUCGUGGGCACGUCCCUGGACUCGAUAACCCUAGGCACAGCAAGAAAGGAGAUGAAGAAUCCAGGGGCGCUCGUCCUACUACGUCCCAGGAGAAGAAGGCCGGGUUAGUUGCGGAUAUGAAUACGGAGGGUGGAAAGGGAGCCAUUCAGAAACAAACAUCUGUUUUUCAUUGGGAAGAUGUUUGUUAUGAUAUUAAGAUCAAGAAGGAAACUCGCAGGUUGCUGGAUCAUGUUGAUGGUUGGGUUGAACCAGGGAAGCUUACUGCAUUAAUGGGCGCCUCUGGAGCUGGGAAAACGACUUUGCUUGAUACUCUCGCUAGUCGCGUUACGACAGGGGUUAUAACCGGCAACAUGUUCGUUGAUGGAAAACCGAGAGAUCAGUCGUUCCAACGCAAGACUGGUUAUGCUCAACAGCAAGAUUUACAUCUCGAGACAUCCACCGUUAGGGAGGCACUUCUGUUCAGCGCUCGGUUAAGGCAACCAUCUCAUGUUCCGGACAAGGAGAAAGCUGAGUAUGUAAACGAAGUCAUUCGUUUACUUGGAAUGGAGAAGUACGCUGACGCAGUUGUGGGUGUACCUGGUGAAGGUCUCAAUGUCGAACAACGCAAACGCCUCACAAUCGGAGUAGAACUCGCCACUAAACCAGCGCUGCUCCUCUUCCUCGACGAACCUACAUCCGGAUUAGACAGCCAAACGGCUUGGUCUAUUUGUAGUCUCCUUCGAAAGCUCGCGGACAAUGGGCAAGCAAUUCUUUGUACCAUUCAUCAACCUUCCGCUCUCCUCUUUCAAGAAUUUGACCGGCUUUUGUUCCUCGCAAAAGGUGGAAGACCAGUUUACUUUGGUGAUAUCGGUCCCAACUCAAGAACACUUAUCGAUUACUUUGUGGGCAAAGGCGCAGAUCCGUGUGCAUCUGAAGCCAAUCCGGCAGAAUGGAUGCUCCAUGUUGUUGGAGCUGCACCUGGAGCUGUGGCUAAACGUGAUUAUGCGGAUGCUUGGAGGGGAAGUGUAGAGUAUCAGCAGGUGAAGGCGGAGCUCAAGAAGAUGAAAAUAAGGCAGAUCAAAGUGGAGGAGACCGCUGAAGUUCCGCGAAAGGAAGAGCUCAGCGAGUUUGCGGCACCGUUUUAUAAGCAAUUCUUGCUUUGCUGGCAACGCGUCUUACAGCAAUAUUACCGUACACCCUCGUAUAUAUAUUCGAAGCUUGCGCUGUGUUCUUUGACUGCACUCUUCAUCGGAUUUUCCUUUUGGCGAGCUGACAAUACGAAACAAGGCCUACAGAACCAGAUGUUCUCCAUCUUUAUGCUCCUCACCAUCUUCGGCAACCUCGUCAAUCAGAUAAUGCCUCACUUUGUCGCCCAACGGGCUCUCUAUGAAGCCCGUGAACGACCUUCGAAAGCAUAUUCUUGGAAAGCUUUCAUGUUAGCCAACAUCACGGCGGAGCUACCGUGGAAUGCCUUCGCAGGCACGUUGAUGUUCAUCUGUUGGUUUUAUCCGAUCGGGCUCUGGAGGAAUGCAGAACCCACGGAUGCGGUAUCGGAGAGAAGUGGACUUAUGUUCUUGUUCUUGAUGAGCUUCAUGCUCUUCACAUCGACAUUUACACAUAUGAUUAUUGCGGGUAUUGAGUCUGCGGAAGCCGGAGGUGGGAUCGCAAACUUCUUGUUUUCCCUCACGUUGGCGUUUUGUGGUGUUCUCGUUCCACCCGAGAAAAUGCCGCGAUUCUGGAUUUUUCUUUACAGGGUCUCCCCCUUCACCUACCUGGUCGAUGGUAUGCUCUCUACUGCCCUCGCCAACACCGCGGCCUUCUGCUCCCCAAUUGAACUCUCACGAUUUGACCCGCCACCCAAUACCACCUGUGGAGCGUAUCUCGCCCCGUUCAUGUCCUUUGCUGGUGGGAGGCUAUUCAAUCCCGAAGCUAUUUCAGGGUGCGAGUAUUGCGUGUUGAAUGAUACGAAUGUAUUCUUGAAACAAGUCAGUUCGUCGUAUGAGUCCAGAUGGAGGAAUUUUGGGAUUUUAUGGGCGUAUAUCGGGUUCAACCUUUUGGCAGCCUUGUUCAUUUAUUGGUUGGCUAGGGUUCCGAAGAGGUCUAAAGCUCUAUGA